ACAUGACUGCGAUUCAGACACCUUAUUAAAAUAAAUAAAUACAUAACAAUAUUUGAAUCUUCAAGAGAGCAACUUACCGCUUUAUUGUUACCAAAUCUCAUCAAAGAUGGAAGGCGUGGACGCAGGCGCUGUUAACGACUUCUUUCUUAUCAUUUGUGGGAUCUGGGUCAUGUUUUUUAAAUUUGGAUUUACAUUCGUUGAACUUGGAAAGACUUCUGGAUCCAAUACUGCAAAUAUUAUAUUCAAAAACUUAGCAGACACCUUUAUCACUUUGAUGGCUUAUUGGCUGCACGGGUAUGCUUUUGCCUUUGGAGAGGGCAGUGGCUUCAUUGGUUCCAAGUACUUCCUCACCUUGGGUAGCCCCAACCUCUGUCACUUCUUUUUUAAUUACGCCCGAUGUGCUGUGGCUACGACUGUUGCAUUGGGAGCUGUUAUUGAGAGGACAGAGCCAAUAGGCUACCUCAUAUCCAGCUAUGUAUUUGCAGGGUUUGUGUAUCCAAUUGCUUCUCACUGGGUCUGGGAUGUGCACGGCUUUUUCAAUCCAUUACAAUCCAAAUUACCAGUUCAGGAUUAUGGUGGCAGCGGGGUGGUGUUCUUAGUUGGUGGUACUGUGGCAUUGGUAGCCUGUUAUGUCAUAGGAGCACGAAUCGAUCGGUGGACUCCCACGUUUAAACAGAGAGAGCACAACCUACCUCUUGCAGCACUGGGAGCCUCUAUGCAGAUGAUGGGGUUUAUUGGGUUUAUCAUUGGGGCCCGUUACCAGAUAACUGCCCCAGGGGAGGGUCAGCUAGCAGCUCUCUGCGUCCUAAACAUUCUGUUGGCAGGAGCCUCCUCUGGACUCUAUGGGCUCAUCUUACAACGUCUGCUGAAGAGCUACUACGACGUGGAUUGUUUCAUCAACACCACAAUAGCUGGCAUGGUAACUGUGUGUGCAGGGGCCAAUAGCUACAUCCCUGGAAUCUCAGUAAUGUGUGGAGCCACCUCAUCAUUUUUCUAUUUCAUAAUGGAGUGGUUAGUAUUGAGGAAUAAGAUUGAUGAUCCACUGCAUGUCAUUUCAAUUUACCUGGGGAGUGGAGUCUGGGGCUUGAUUUUCGCUGGCUUCUUUUCAGCACAGGGCACUUUAGGUGGCACAGACAAGAUUAUUGGAAACAACUUGCUGGCUGUAGUGGUUCUGUUUUCAUGGACGGUUGCUAUAAUGCACCCUCUUUUCUAUGUAAUGAAAUAUGUUAAAGUUUUGCGUAUCCCACGGUUCAUGGAAAAGCAAGGUAAGUGCACUGAGGGGCAUAGAGUACAUACACAAAUGUACAAAAGAUUGGUCCAUGCCUUGCUGACAGGUGUUGUUGCUGUUGUAAAAAAUUUGAACAACGUAUCUAUAAUGUGUAUAGAAAGAGAGAGAAAGAUAAGAGAGAGAUUGUGUAUUUGUAAAUUUAAAAAAAAUGGCAGGUAAUAAAGCACUUUGAAAUAAAAUAAGGUAUUAAUCAUCAUUUUAAACGUGUGACAGUAUUUGCAAGGAAAAUAUAUUUUUUCUUCGUGUCUGACAUUGCUUGGGUAAUCGUUGAUUUUAUACUUUUUUUCAGCUUGUGUUUUGAGUACCCUAAACCCAUUCCUAGACUCAUAAGUAUUUUUGUCUUUACAGGUGUCGAUAAAUUCAGGCAUGAUAAGAGACAUCCACUUGGAAAAAGAACAGAGUUUAAAUUAAGCAAGCCUCAUUGAUAAAGAAC